CUUACCCCGAAACGGAACAGGUGAUAGCAAGCAAUGGACCAAGAUUCACACUGCGCAGCGGAAAGGGAACUGUUGGAAGCUGUAAGCAGAAUUACUACAUCUUCUACCACAAGUCCAUCUGAUGAAGAAGCAAAUCAACCCAAAGCUGAAAUUUCAUGUCAAGUGAGAAAAGAAAGCCCAGGAAAAGAUUACACUCAAGAUUCCAGUGCAACCCUAAGUCCCAACUCUUCGAUGACCACUAAGGAGCUUCAGGAAUACUGGAGGAAUGAAAAAUGCCAAUGCAAACAAAUCAAACUCCUUUUUGAAAUCCCAUCAACCAGAAUUGUAGAGCACCACUUAUCGAAAUAUGUGAUGUAUAAAAUCAUCAUUUUGCAGACAGGGAGUUUUGACAGUAACAAGUCUGUGAUUGAACGGCGUUAUUCAGAUUUUGAGAAACUGCACAGAAAUCUGCUGGAGGAAUUUAGUGAAGAAAUGGAAGAUGUAACCUUUCCCAGAAAAACUCUAACAGGGAACUUCACAGAAGAAAUAAUCAAUGAAAGAAAAUUAGCCUUCAUGGACUACCUGAGACUCCUAUAUUCUAUGAAAUACAUCAGAAGAUCAAAAAAAUUUAUUGACUUUUUAACAAGGCCAGAGCUUCAGGAAGCAUACGGUUGCCUGCGGGGUGGCCAGUACACCAAAGCUCUGGAAAUCCUUUUAGAAGUCGUUGGGCUGCAGGAAAGGCUGACAAGAGGGAGCCCUGUUGCAAUUGUCCCUACUCUCUGUGCCAUCGUGGUGUGCCACAAGGACCUGGAAAACCCAGCAAGUGCCUUUGAAUACGGAGAAAAAGCUCUGUCACGCCUCCUUGUGCAUACCUGCCACAGGUAUUAUAUCCCACUGCUAGAAACAAUGACCACUCUGGCAUAUGAACUUGGCAAGGACUUUCUGUCUUUGCAAGAAAAGCUGGAAGAAUGGAAGACAAAGAAAGAUCCCAUACGGGUUUUUACCCUGAAAGAACUUGCAGUUCGGGAGUACGUACGGUGAACACAAGAAACAUCUAAUGUAAAAUUUCAAGAGCAAACUCUUGAAAGAGUGAGAGCUGGAAAUUAGCUGCUUGGCUUGCAUAACAUAUAUUAAUAGGAAAAUAAUUAAACAUCUUCUAUGUUCAUAGGGACAUUAACAUCUAUGUUGGAAUAUAUUACA